AUGUACACACCAACUCUCCUCUCCAGCAUCGCGCUCGUCGCAACCGUCGCAGCCGCACCGAACAAAGAGCUCUACAAGCGCGCCCCAACUGCGUAUUUCGCCGGCGACUCGACAAUGGCGAACGGGAAUAACGUCAUAACGGGCUGGGGCGCAUUCACCAGCUACUCGCUCACCAUGCCGUGCGUCAACAAAGCGAUUGGCGGCCGGUCCUCGCGCUCCUACACGGUCGAAGGGCGCUUCGACGAAAUCGCCAACCUCGUCCAGCCCGGCGACAUUGUAACCAUGGAAUUCGGGCACAACGAUGGCGGCUCGCUCAGCAGCUCGGACAACGGCCGCACCGUGUGCCCCGGCACCGGCAACGAAAUCUGCAACUCGACGUACAACGGCCAAAAAGUCACCGUGCACACGUACAACUGGUACUUGACCGAGGCGGGCAAGAAGUUUAUUGCAAAGGGCGCAAAAGUCAUUGUGAGCUCGCAGACGCCCAACAACCCGUGGGAGAGCGGCAGUUUCCAGUAUGGCGAUGGCGGACGCUUCGUCGGGUAUGCGAGGGAUGUGGCGACGGCGUUGGGGGCCAAUGCUAUGUUUGUGGAUCAUGGCAAGUAUACGGCGGAUAUGUACAAGACUCUCGGUAAGGCGGGUACGGAUGCCUUGUUUGUGACUGGAGACCAUACGCAUACGACUGCCAAGGGCGCAGAAGCUGUUGCGAAGGCUUUCUUCAAGGCUGUGCAGUGCGCUGGAGGAGGCUUCUUCCAGGGUUCCAUCAAGAAUGCUACUAACUCGAUCCCGGGGACUUGCUUGUAA